AGAUCAACUCCUUCUACCGAAGCUAACCUCUAGCUUUCACCAAGAGAAAGAAAAGACUGUGACCGGAGCUGAAGAGAAACUCCACGAGACAACAGAUCAACUUGAUCAGAAACGGUUUCUACGGCUCAAACUCUGAGACUAACGGAAGACUUUCUCAACGAGACUUAAGGAAAAAAUCUAUUUCUACAAGGAAGAAAAGAUGUCCGCUGGAAUGAAGAAAAUGAUUUUGCUGCCUUUCCUGUGCAUCAUGCUCUCACACAUGGCUGCAGGUCAGGAGUGCAGCAACCAGUGCUCGUGCCCCUCCACCACCCCUCAGUGCCCCCCAGGAGUGAGCCUCGUGCUGGACGGCUGCGGCUGCUGCAGGGUGUGUGCCAAACAGAUGGGAGAGCUCUGCACUGAGAAGGACCUCUGUGACCCCCACAAAGGCCUCUACUGUGACUUCGGAGCCCCCAUUAACAGACGCAUCGGAGUGUGCACAGCUCGAGAUGGAGCCACCUGUGUGUUCGGAGGCAUGGUGUUCAAGAGCGGAGAGUCUUUCCAGAGCAGCUGCAAGUACCAGUGUACCUGUCUGGAUGGAGCUGUGGGGUGCGUCCCACUUUGCGCAAUGGACGUCCGCCUGCCAAGCCCCGACUGCCCCAUGCCAAGACGCGUCAAGGUGCCCGGGAAGUGCUGCGAGGAAUGGGAGUGUGAUUCUCCCAACAGACACAGCUUCAUGGGCUCUGCUUUGGCCUCUUACAGAGAGGAAGAGACCUAUGGCCCCGACCUCUCCAUGAUGAGGGAGAACUGCCUGGUUCAGACUACUGAAUGGAGCGCGUGCUCUAAGACUUGCGGCCUUGGGGUCUCCACCAGGGUCACCAACGAUAACCGCGAAUGCCGCCUGGAGAAACAGAGCCGGUUGUGUAUGGUGCGACCAUGCGAGUCACAGCUGGAGCAGAGCAUUAGGAAAGGGAAAAAGUGCAUCCGUACUCCCAGACUCUCCAAGCCCAUGAAGUUUGAGAUCUCCGGCUGCACCACCACCAAGUCCUACAGGCCAAAGUUCUGCGGCGUGUGCCUGGACGGCCGCUGCUGCACCCCCCACAGAACCACCACCCUGCCCAUGGAGUUCAAAUGCCCAGAUGGACAGUUCAUGAAGAAGCACAUGAUGUUCAUCAAGUCCUGCGCCUGCCACCACAACUGCCCCGGCGAGAACGACAUCUUCGAGUCAAUGUACUACAAGAAGAUGAUGGGAGACAUGGCAUGAGCCACUUAAAGAACAAUCGCAGCUUAUGACUUGAAAAACAAAACUCCAUCUCAUUUUGCAGCUCAUUAUAUAUGUCUAUGUUUUAUUUUCUCAUUGUAAAAGUAGUCCAGACACUUGUCUAAGUGUCGGUGUUUUUUGUACGGCUGGCGCACAUCAGCCCAUAGACUCAGACAGAGGGUUGCAUAGCAGCUCCGAGAGAUUUCUGCACUAUAACUUCUAUUUUUGACAAACCUACUGUCAGGUUGCUGCCCAUUCCCCUUGAAACCCCUUUAACAGACCCGUCCUUUUUACUGUAUUUUGUAUAUCUUAUCUAAACCAUGACCUCCUCUCUAAAUGAGGUGUCUAAUAACUCCCCCCACCCUAAGAGCCCCGACCAAACCUGGAAACUCUAAGCAGCUGUAGACCACAGCGGGCCAGUGUUCCCCUGAGCAAACAGGUCUGAAUGUGUCCUGUGUGCGUGCGUGCGUGUGUGUGUGUGUGUUUUUGCCUGUUAGCACAGGCCUGAAUGUCGGCCUUGUCUGCGCUGUUCACCUUGCUCCAGAGUAGAGGAAAGGUCAGAGAUCCGACCAGCAUGUGGAUGAGAAAGCAAGCAGCGUGCUGAGUUUAAGGUUAGAUAAGGAACACAGUGGGCUUUGCCAUGGCACUGAGAAAAAAAGAAAAAAAAAGACGACUGUUACCGAUUCAGGUCAGAAGAAGGUAACCAAGUGUCUAUUUUGCACAAAAAUAGAAGAAAAGACUGGAAGAAUUGUUAUUUCAUUCCUUUUUUAUUGUUGAUGUGUAAAUAAUGUUUAUAUUUGUACAGUUUAAGUUAAUUUAAAAGCAGCAUUUGCUCUGUGCUUCCAAAUGUAUCAAUAGUGUAUUUUUUACUAUUUUAUUGAGAAGUGUGACAAAACUGUUACAUGUUUCACUUUGUAGCUGGAAAUAAAAUGUUAUAUAUUUUUAUACAAAUGUGUUCUCCGAUCUUUCUGUCUUCAGCUUUGACACACAUCUCCACUUUGGUCCAUUGGAUGUGUUACAAAUAAUUUCAAACUGAGCAUUAAAGGUAAAUGCAUCACAUCACAACGAUCUGCAUAACUAGAACCUUUUAAUGUUUAAUAUUUAAGUGCUAGUAUGAAUUAUGGAUUAAUUAACUGACUGAUGUUAAUAUCACUCAAGUAUUAGCAUAUGAGUUCAUCAGCAGGGACUUUUCCUUAUGAUGAAGCAUACAGAUGGUUUUAUUGCCACCACAGGAGUUACAUGUGUUGGGUUAUUGUUCCACUUUCAACUAAGUUCAUUUAUUUUAUUGUAAUGCAUUAUUCAGUAAAUAAAAACGUUAUAAAACACAUAGAAAACAUAC